AUGGUGCUUGGACGAGUUGCACAUUACGCAGUCGAUGCGGCGUUGCUAGCGACAGCCUUGGCGGGUGUAAAGAGACAGAGCGGCUGGACGUGAGUGCUUGGCUUGAUGCGUCGAUGCCUUGAGGACGAGUGAAGCAGGCGUGAACAGCAUUGAUCCAGUACCUGCUUCAUUGACACCGCACAAACCUCCUUUCCCUCCUCUGCCCUUUCGAUUCUCGUCACUCGCAUUCCAAUCCCAAUGGCGUUGUACGAUGACUCCUAACAGUCCGGACGUGGCUCGAAUUCCAAACGAGACCGCAAGAUCCAUCACCACCUGGUACCUCGGCAGCGGAGAGUUCCUAUUCGACAGCACAGUGGGCUUUGCGCAUGCCUCUUCCUUCUUUGUAAAGACGGAUCCUACAGCCGAUGCGGCGACGAGCAUAGCCAAGCAAGCUUUGAAAGCUGCCAAGAAGGAAGGAGAGCAGAGGGGCUGGUUCAAUUAG